GCUGAGCAGCUCACACACACCACCACCAUCCGUCAUCACAGCACGCCCAACCGAGCUUCCGUUUCAGCAACACGAUCAUUCAAGUCGCAACUUCCCCAUCCCCAUCAUCCCCCACCCCCCAAUACCAGCCAGCCAGUCAAGUGCCGUUGCAUUGCCGCAACCCUCAUUAAGCAACCAACAAGCAGGUGAGCAGUGCGAGCCAGCGACAGCCGCAACCGGCACAUGCCCACGUGUUCUGGCUGGCAGGACUGCCAGAAAUUUCUUCUUCUGUGUAUUUUUUCACACACUCACGCCGCUCGCACCCCCCAGGCCGAGGGAUCAUUUUUCGUGCAUCCCCAUCAUCACCAAAUCAUCAGCCUGACCGCUUUGCACCCAUCCACCAAGCUCGUGACUACCACCGAGACUACGUUCCACGAUCACAGCUCAAUCCGAUUCUGUGCUCCAACAAUACCGCUCUCUUCUCUGUGUCGAUCCUUUCGUCUUCCCCAUUGUUCCAACAGCAAACCAUGUACAGCGUUGCAACCGCAAGCAGAGCCACACCUGCCGCUGUCGCGGCUGUUGCUGCAGCAAGACCUGUGGUGCUGGCUGCCUCUAGCCACGCACGCCACAAGCGCAGCGUGUCUUCCACCACACCAGCAGGACACGCCGCAGCCGGCUUGGGCGUCGGCAACAUUCGAAGCGGCCUUGAGGCUGUGCAUCGUGUCGAGGUGCCAUGCCCAACAUACCUCAAGAACCCAAAGACGUGUGCGGUGAUUGGCGCGCCCCUGAGCUUUGGCCAGCCCUUUGACGGCGUGCAGCGCGGGCCCACCGCCCUGCGCGAGGCGGGCCUGCUAGACGGCAUCAUGAAGCUCGGCUGGCGCGUUACGGAGCGCGGCGAUCUCGACUUUGGUGCCGCCGGCGCCGACGCUGCCGAGUACGCCGGCCCGGGCAACUGCAAACUUGCACAGGCCGUCGGUGCAGCCAACGAGAAGAUUUACCGCGCCACAAGCGAGAGCGCAGAGCAAGGCAAGUUUGUGCUGACGCUGGGCGGUGACCACUCGCUGGCCACGGGCACACUGGCCGGCGCCCUCUCGGUGCGCCCGGACGUCGGCGUGCUCUGGAUCGACGCCCACGCCGACAUCAACAUCCCAGAGACGUCGCCGAGCGGCAACAUGCACGGCAUGCCACUUGGGCUGGUUGCCGGCCUUUGCGACUGCAAGACCAUCCCGGGCCACGCCUGGCUCGCAGAUGUCCCGAAGCUCGACCUCAACAACCUUGUGUAUGUUGGGCUGCGCGAUCUUGACAUUGCUGAGCGCGCGCUGAUCCGCUCGCACAACAUCAAGGCGUUUACCAUGUACCACGUGGACAAGUAUGGCAUCGGCAAGGUCAUGGAGAUGGCUCUCGACCACCUCGACAAGCGGCCCAUCCAUCUCAGCUACGACAUUGACGCCUGCGACCCAGUGAUUGCUCCGUCGACGGGCACGGCUGUGCGUGGCGGGCUGUCGUAUCGGGAGGCGCACUUUGUUGCGGAGGCCGCGGCGGAGACCGGCAGUCUUGUCUCCAUGGACCUCGUCGAAGUCAACCCGCUCCUCAAGGGCGAGGAGGCGUUUGGCAUUUCCCUUGGCGAGGAGACUGUUGAGCUCGGCAUGGCCAUUGCCACCUCCGCCCUCGGCAACCGCAUCCUCUAAGCAUCUUCCCUCCCCGGACGAAAUACCACCAUCACCACGCAUGUGUCCCGACGCGUGCUGCUUUGCUGUUGACACCACAUAACUUUGACUCGACCCCCCCCCUCCCGCUCCUCGAACGCACCAUUAACGCACCAUUGCAUCGUUGUGAAGUCCAAUCCGCCCCGCAGUCAUUUCCAGCCUGUUUCUGCGCUGUGAUGUUACGUUGCGUUACUCGCACCGCUGCUGUCGUGGAGUACCUGCAUGCAAAAGAAAGACGGCAUGCGUCGUCGCUGUUGUUUGUUUGAAGUCCCGGGAUUUGUCUUCUUUCUUCUUCCCCUCCUUUCUUCAUUUCUCUCUCUUCUUUCUUCUUCUGCCAUCACUCAUCUGCUCGCUCCCUCACCUUUCUUUCCCUGUCUCUCUUCCUCCUUAGUCUCUUACUCGUUCGCAUCGUUCUAAACGGCACCGUCUCGUAUGUGUUUGUCUGUGUGUCUGUGUGUCUGUUUCAGUGUAUCAGGCUCUUAGGUUUGCUUCCCCUCAACACAUAAACAACGUUGCACUCAGA